AUGGACGGCGAGUUCGAGCUGUCCGCUACCCCGUUGAGACCGCCUCUCCAAAAUUCAUCGGCACCCAGAGACAAGGAGCCCGAUGACCUUCAAAAACUAAUUAAAUGGCAGGAGGAACGGCUAGCGAGACGACUUCGUGGCGAAUACGAGUCCGCGGUGCUCCAUCUUUCAGAGGUCGUGAGUUGCAACCGUCAGACACCUGUCACCAUCUCCUCUGUUCGCGUCGAAGGUGCAAUACACACACGAAAGUCUUUCUUAGGCUUCAUCAUCGACCCCGCGUUAAAGGCAUCGACUGUAUCUCCCCUCGACUCCCAAACCAAUUUAGAAUCCGUUCUUCAUACCACUCGUAGAAUAUAUCAUAUGUUGAACAAGUCGGACCUUUUCGCAACGAUCGAAGCAAAAGUUGAACGGGCUCGUGAUCCUCUCGCAAGUAGCGAAGGUGUCGACCUGGUCUUCAAAACCCGCGAACGAGGCAGAUACUACGUGAGUAGCUCAACUGAGCUUGGGAACAAUGAAGGUAGUGCGAGCGCGUCAGCACGUGUCCGUAAUGUCUUUGGAGGUGCAGAGACAUUCACAGCGAAUCUCUCCCUCGGCACGAAAACCAAACGCGCAUUCCGCGCUUCUCUGGUGACGCCCUUAACCUCCGACCUCGACACAUUCGGAGAAGUUAAUGUGUACGGCUUGGAGCGAGACCAAUCGUCCUACGCAAGUUGCUCAGAGGGUCUCCGCGGGGUCAAAGCUGUUGUCAGGAAUGGCACCCCGGAAACAGGGACACAUGAAUUGGGUUAUGAAGCCGUUGUGCGGCAUAUUUCAGACUUGGCGCCCACUGCAUCUAUUAGCAUGCGAGAAGCGGCUGGGGAAUCGCUCAAGUCGUCGAUUUCUCACACUUACCUCUUCGACACCAGAGAUGACCGCAUGAUGGCCAAGAAGGGGGUAUACGCAAAACUAUACCACGAGUUUGCGGGUUUGGGUGGGGAUGCGUCAUUUUACAAGGCAGAAGCGGAGGGUCAAGUAUCAAGACCCGUGUCUAACGGCGUUUCGAUCUCCCUUGCAGCACGCGCAGGUCUCCUGUCUAGUCUCAAAGGGUCCACACUCUUUUCAGAUCGCUUCCAAUUGGGAGGGCCAACAUCCAUCCGCUCCUUCAAAGCAAAUAGUAUGGGUCCACGGGAUGGACCCGACUACAUAGGCGGUGAUAUCUACUAUUCAGCAGGCGCCAGCCUCAUAUCUAAUAUUCCCAAAAAGCCACACUGGCCCGUCAAGGCUCAUCUGUGGGUGAACGCUGGUCGGCUAGACGCCCUGGAUAAAUCUCGACCCUUGUUGGAGAGUAUCCAAAAUACCCUCUCUCGUCCAUCAAUAUCAGCUGGGGUGGGUCUUAUAUACCGAUUCGACCCUAUAAGGGUGGAGGUGAACUUUGGCGUUCCAUUGGUUGCAAGCAAAAGUGAUGGGUCGAGGAGGGGAAUACAGGUUGGCAUGGGGUUAGAGUUUCUAUAGAGCGUUGUGAGGUUAUUCAUCCACAUAUAAUUUGAUUUUCAAC